AUGCAUCUCCAUCCCCUGUCCCUCUCCUUCCUCCUCCUCCUUGUUGCCGGGACGGCUGUGGUGUGCGUUGCCGUGACAACCACACUUCAUGGUUUCCGAGGCUGCGCCGUGCGAGAGUUCUCCUUUGUGGCCCAGAAGCCUGGCUGCAAGGGGCUGCGCAUCACCACAGAGGCCUGCUGGGGGCGCUGCCACACCUGGGAGAAACCUGUGCCGGAUCCCCCCUACAUCCACCGCCACCACCGUGUGUGCACGUACAGCCACACCCGCCACAUGACCGCCCGCCUGCCGGGCUGCCAGCCAGGCGUUUCCCCCCUUUACCACUACCCCGUGGCCCUGCAGUGCCACUGUGCCGCCUGCUCCACGCAGGACACCGAGUGUGAGACCUUCUGA